AUCAUUUCAUAUACUGUCAAAAUUGUGGCCAUUGGCCAACAAAGAAGGUAGGUUCCAAUUGGUUUUAAUUCAGCUUAUAUGGAAUUUAUUAAUUUAAUUCUUAGAAACUAACUCUGAACUCUAAAAUCAUCAUUCGAGAUCGAAUUAUAGGGUUUUAAAUAAAUCUGGAACUGGGACAACAGUGUUCAAUCAUAGAUAUCCUAAGUGAAAAGUUGUAAAAAUGCAGUACACAUCAGACGAAGCUUAUGCAAGGCUUAUAAGUCAUAAUAUGACUGUGCCACACAGAAUAAAGGCAACAGGAGAUGUAGUUGAUGAGGAGAAUACUCCAAAUGGAAUUAUUUCUGGAUGGGACUAUGCUAAUGAAAAAUUUGACAUGAAGGUUCCUGAGAGGAUUCUUGUCAUGGGACAAGAUCAGCAUAUUGGGACAAAAGCACCACCUAGAGAAAUUCAGUUGGACAAUGCAGUAUUACCAACUGACCCUGGAAUGAUACGAGUGACCACCCCACCACGUGUUAUUACACUGGACCAGCACUACUUCCCAUCAGCUGAUGAUUUUCUUCCUGGUUCUGCUAACUCUCCACCAAGAAAUGCUAGAGCUGUUCGUUCUCAAGAAGUUGCCCGUCAAAUUCUACCCCAUUCUGACAUUCUUAAUGAGUCAACCAUGACGGAAUCGCGUCUAGUUUUGAGAGAUCCAACUCCACCCAUAAGUAAUGGUGAGGGUUUGUCUGCCGCUGAGGAACUUGUGCAUCUUCGCCGUCAAAUUGCUAAACUCAAUCGUCGUGUUAUGUCUAUUGAAGCUGAAACACUUCAAAGACAACAAAAGGAAAAAAUUGCUUAUGCAAUAAGUAUUGCUUAUUUGUUAUUUAAAGUGAUUGCUUGGCUCAAUAGAUCCUAAAAAGUUAAGAGUAGAAACAUAAGAAUAAGAUGAAGUAUAGAAUGUAUUGUUGACUUCAUGAUGGUAAGAUGUGUAGCAUGGUCAUAUAGUAGAACUGUAUUCCGUAAAAAAAUUACUAUUUGAUGAAGUGUUCAUUUAGCUAAUAGCUAUCCGUGAUUGUUAGCUCCUGCAGGUGGUUGUCUAAUAAAUGGGUAUAUUGUUGAUAUUUUAAUCACAUGAAUUUUUAAAUGAACUGUUAAGUUUCCUUUAAUUAUUAAUUCAGUCGGGUCAUUUUACUUCUUAAUAAAUCAUACUAAAUUA